CCACACUGAAAAAUAUUAAAUACUAACCCCCUCCCUCUCUUCACAUGCAUAAUGCAUUCAUUCUUUUUAUUCCUCAACCUCUCUACUAAGCUUACUUCUUCCCGAUCCACCUUCCCACGCGCCAUGUACACACACCGCAACGCCUCGCUCUCACGCGCCGCCGCCGACUCCCUCGGCCAUUUCCUCUCUCCACCGGACGCAUCCACGGCGUCGCCAAUGCAGUACUCCGCCGCCGCUCACCACCAACUCGGGCUGGGCGAGUUUGACAACUCGGUUCACGAACUCAAUUACUCGGAGAUGAGUUCGAGUAACACGUACAACAGCUGCAGCAGCGGGUGCACGAGCUACAUGGGGUCGCCGAGUUCGCUGGCGAGUAAUUACGAGAGUCGGCGAGUAGUGCAGAGGAGCGUUAGCAGCCACUCGCUGCAGAAGAAUGGUAGGGCCCACCACCAACCCUUUUCUGAGUUCUCUCCUCUUUUCGUUGAGUUCAUUGACUCGGAAAACGGUCCCGUACGGAGAGCUUGCAGUACCGGUGACCUUCAGAGAUUCAAUGGAAUGCAACAUUUUCAGCAUUCUGAUAGCUCAUUGUCAAGUGAAAGUAGUUUGAUCAUUGAAGAAAUGAGCAGAACCAGUCCUUAUAGCCCAGAGGAGAAGAAGGUGAGGAUUGAGAGAUAUAGGAACAAGAGAAACCAGAGGAACUUCGGCAAGAAAAUUAAGUAUGCUUGCAGAAAGACUUUGGCAGAUAGCAGGCCACGUAUCAGAGGGCGAUUUGCAAGGAAUGAUGAAACUGCUAAGAACCCUCCAGCUCAGUGGAGUCACAUGGGAAAUGGAGAGGAAGAGGAUGAAGAGGAAGAGAAUUGGGCUGAUUUCUUUGAUUCCUUAGUUCCUGCAAAUAUUGCUCAGGAGCCUCAAGGCAGUAGUUCCUCCUUUGGUGUGUUCUAUUAAAAUAAUUGCAUCCUUAAAUCAGCAUGGCUAGAUAAUUAAGUUGUUUGUUUUUCCAUGUUUUUUUUUUUUAAGUUUUGAAGUUGGUAAUGUAAAUAUAUAUCUAUAUAUAUAUAUAGGUACUUACUUGAAUCAUGGAUGUGACCAUGUGCAGUUUUAGACUUCAAUCUGGGGUGAAGUUUUUAGUGCCCUUUUAUGGUUUUAUAGACUAGGCCUCAGUAGCAGCAGCAGCAUUGUAUUGUUUGGACAAAAAAGCUUUUGCAAGUUGUACUUGGGGUUUAUUUCCUAUAUGAUGUAUUUAUAUAUUUUAUACCAUA